AACACACAGUAGUUAUAUUUUCGUAUGCUGCACAAUUUGAAGAUGAGAAGGUUCUUCUUAGAACAUUAUCAUGCCACACUUAGAAGUGUCUUGAUUGCCGCGGAAUUGGGAAAUGACGCGUCUACUAUAUUUUACAUGCAUGUAAAGCAUGCUGAGACCGUAACCGGUGAAAACGGUGGCGUGCAACACAUAGAAUGUUGCGGGUACGGCAAUACUAGGCAGAACUAAACAGUAGAGGAAUAUGUCGGAGAAUUUGUUAGAGUAAGUCGGCAGCGUAGAUUUAGUUUUUGCUCUUUAGAUUUGAAGAGCAAUCUUCGAGAUAGUCCUAUAGGUGUUUAGCAAAUAGAAAGUCUAGAACUUUUUCGUGUCUUUCGCUUCUGUUACAAGGCGAUGAAAAGUUCGUAAAUCUUCUUCAAACAGCUCUACUUCCAAAGCACUUUCGGUCGAAGCUGUAGCCGGGUAAGAGGUAUGAACUGAAGCUCAAUCUCAUUAACUGGCAUCUUGUAUUUCAUAUGACUCUGUGAUCUUCAGUUACAAGCAACUACUGUAGAAGGGAUCUGAGUUUUUGCAGAAGAUUCCACCAGAAACAUCUUUAAUUCCCCCCCCAUUAACAUCAAGAGGUACCCUAAACAUAAACAUAAACACAAAGGGGCUAUGCACAUGAGCAUGUCAGUUUGUGUUGGACCUCUGGAUGUGGGUCAGGUGUUUUCCAGUCCUGUACAAUUAAUUAACUGGUCCUGCACUGAGUCACAGUCUCAACAGUUUGUGGCCCACCCUCAUUCCAUCAGAGCAUAUAAAAUCCUGCGAUUUAUUAGCGUAUUUUUCGCUUUGUCACCUCGUGUUUUAAACUGUUUCACUUCGCUGUUCGUUUGGUGGUUUUGUUUUCAUUUCGUAGAGUUCUAAAUUUGUAGUAUUUGUCGCACUAUUUUUUAGCAGCAGAUAGAAUCUUGCGGAGAGAGAAAAAUGAAAUCAUAAGAUAAGAGUAUGCGGAAUAAUGAACUGUAUAUGGAACUACAGUAUAAUGUCCUGGAUAACAUGGUCGGCUUUGAGAUUCGUGCAGAGAGUUAUCAGGGGCUGUCCCCACCUUGUCAUUGUGUUUUUACCAUUUUUCCCAGCAUUUCAUAGUUUGGUGGUGUAUGGUCACCACCCCCCUUACUGCUAUGCUUGUUUUGUGGUGGGGCUCCACCAAAAUAAAGCUUCAGCUUACUCCAAAAGCACUCUCUCUAGUGCUACAGUGGGUGAUCAUAAAAGCCCUUCUAAGCAUGUAGGAAUGUGAUCAUCCCCCACUCCCCACCACCCCAAAAAAACAAAAACAUAAACCCCCUCAUCAUCAUUCACAACAAAUAAAACCAAUCCCCACCCCCCCAAAACUCUCUCUCUCAAUCUAUCUCUCUCUCUCUUCCAAAUUUAAUGAGAAGCAUAAUGGGAAGAAGCUUCAACCCUUCCUCAUUCCCCUCCUCCAAGAGAAACUUCGAGAAGAUGCCCAAGGAAGAAGAGAGAGGAGGACGAGGAGGAGAGAGAGUGAAGAGAGACAAGGAAGAGAAAUUGCGGGAGGAAGAGGCUCUUUCUUUCGCCGCAGCUGCCGCCGCUAAAACCGCCAUCCCUUCUUCGUCCUACUACCACUUUCAUAAGUCUGCAAUAGCCAUCACCGCUGCAAACAAGAGAAGCACUUCUUUUCCGCCUUUAGCGUCCGGAGCUUGGAUGCUCAGGCUCCGGUCGGCUCUUGCGGCGGCAAUUGCCGCUGGGAGUCGACGGAGCAGCCGUGGCCCUAUCGGCGGCCUCCCCCGGAUGGUGGCCGGCACGCUCUUCGGCCAGCGGCGGGGCCGCGUCCGCUUGGCCUUCCAGGCGGACCCCCGCACCCCGCCGGCCCUCCUCCUCGAGCUCGCUGCCCCCACCGCCGCCCUCGUCCGCGAGAUGGCCUCAGGCCUCGUGCGCAUCGCCCUUGAGUGUGAUCGCGCGUCGUCGACGGCGCCGUUGCCGCCGCUCCUAGAGGAGCCGGUGUGGCGGGCGUACUGCAACGGUAGAAAGUGUGGCAGGGCCGUCCAGCGGGAGUGCGGCGACGCCGACCAGGACGUUUUGAGGGCCGUCGAGGCGGUGUCAGUGGGGGCCGGGGGUGAGGGGGGAGAUCAACGGCGAGGGCCUGCUGGAGGGGGAGGAGCUGAGGAGGUGCGCCGGAGGAGCGGAGGGGGAGGGGGAGAGAGGGGACGUGAUGUACAUGAGGGCAAAAUUUGA